AUCUACCCUCUGUCGGACUCGCCCUCGGUGAAGAUGUCCCAGCCCUCCCCUGCGGAUGAAGGAGCCACGUUCGAGCAUCUCUGGAGUAGCCUCGAACCUGACAGUACCUACUUUGGCCUCCCCCAGUCCAGCCAUCACCCGGGGGACGAUGAGGAGGGCAACAGGACCCAGCUCAACAUGGACGUCUUCCACCUGCGGGGCGUGAACGAGUCUGUCCUGUCCCAGUUUAAUUUGCUCAACAACAGCAUGGAUCAGAGCCUGAGCAGCCGGGCCAACUCCACCAGCCCUUACACGGCCGAGCACUCCUCCAGCGUGCCGACACACUCCCCCUACGCCCAGCCCAGCUCCACCUUCGACACCAUGUCCCCCGCACCUGUCAUCCCAUCCAACACGGACUACCCGGGCCCGCACCACUUCGAGGUCACCUUCCAGCAGUCCAGCACCGCCAAGUCAGCCACCUGGACGUACUCGCCGCUGCUGAAGAAGCUGUACUGUCAGAUCGCCAAGACGUGCCCCAUCCAGAUCAAGGUGUCUGCGCCGCCCCCGCCGGGCACCGCUGUCCGGGCUAUGCCCGUCUACAAGAAGGCCGAGCACGUGACUGAGGUGGUGAAACGCUGCCCCAACCAUGAGCUUGGGCGGGACUUCAAUGAUGGACAGUCCGCCCCCGCGAGCCACUUGAUCCGCGUGGAAGGCAACAACCUCUCCCAGUACGUGGACGACCCCGUCACAGGGCGGCAGAGCGUCAUGGUUCCCUACGAGCCGCCACAGGUGGGCACGGAGUACACCACCAUCCUCUACAACUUCAUGUGCAACAGCAGCUGCGUGGGAGGGAUGAACCGGCGCCCCAUCCUCAUCAUCAUCACUCUGGAGACCAGAGAUGGCCAGGUUCUGGGACGAAGGUCAUUCGAAGGGCGAAUCUGUGCCUGCCCCGGCAGAGACCGCAAAGCCGACGAGGACCAUUACCGGGAGCAGCAGGCCCUGAACGAGAGCGCCGCGAAAAAUGGCAACGCCAACAAGCGCACAUUCAAGCAGAGCCCCCCGGCCGUGCCAGCCCUGGGCACCACUGUGAAGAAGCGACGUCACGGAGACGAGGAGAUGUACUAUGUGCCCGUGCGCGGACGGGAGAACUUUGAGAUCCUCAUGAAAAUCAAAGAGAGCUUGGAGCUGGUGGAGCUCGUUCCCCAGCAGCUGGUCGACUCUUAUCGUCAGCAACAGCAGCAGCAACAGCAGCAGCAACAGCAGCAACAGCAGCAACAGCAGCUCCUGCAGAGGCCGAGCCACCUGCAGUCCCCCUCCUCGUACGGCCCGGUCCUGUCGCCGAUGAACAAAGUCCACGGGGUCGUCAACAAGCUGCCCUCCGUCAACCAGCUGGUGGGGCAGCCCACGGCCCACAGCUCCGCCGCCGGGGCCAACCUGGGGCCUGUGGGUCCCGGAAUGCUGAACAGCCACGGCCACCCCAUGCAGCCCAACGGGGAAAUCAAUGGCGGGCACGCGCCGCAGCCCAUGGUCUCGGGAUCCCACUGCACCCCACCGCCCCCGUACAACGCGGACCCCAGCCUCGUCAGUUUUUUAACAGGAUUGGGCUGUCCAAACUGCAUCGAGUAUUUCACAACCCAAGGGUUGCAGAACAUUUAUCACCUGCAGAACCUAACUCUCGAGGAUCUUGGCGCCCUGAAGAUCCCGGACCAGUACAGGAUGGUCAUCUGGAGGGGCCUCCAGGACCUGAAGCAGAGUCACGACUACGGGGCCCAGCAGCUGAUCCGCUCCAGCAGCAAUGCCUCCACCAUCUCCAUCGGUAGCUCGGGCGAGCUCCAGCGCCAGCGGGUCAUGGAGGCCGUGCACUUCCGGGUGCGCCACACCAUCACCAUCCCCAACCGUGGCGGCGGGGCCGACGACUGGGCGGACUUUGGCUUUGACCUCCCCGACUUGACUGGCAGCAGGAGCCGGAACUUGGCCCCGGGACUGCCCGGCGGCGGGGUCCCAUCCCCCAGCGGGCCCUUGCUGAGCUGGGCGACUAGAGGCGGGCUGGGGGCAGAGGAGCAAGGCGGGCACAGAGUCACCCACCGCCGGAGGGAGGGAGGAACCAAGCCGUCCACAGACAGUCCCAACUUGCUGGAGAAUCUACGCCCCGGUUAGUUCGGGGCCGGUUGGCCUUUUCCUGGGGAGAUGUGUGUGCGGAGGGGCCUCCUCCUCAGGGAAUAGAAAGGGACGCUGGGAGCAGGGGAGGGGGCCCCCCAAGUCCCUUCUCAUCUCCACCUGUCUCCCGCCCCGCUUUCCGACCGCUCGGGGGUAGCCCCUUUGGGGAGGCCGGUGCCAUCGGGUUCACAGGUGAAACCCUUCACGCUGCAACUCCUUAAGGGAAUCCCACCGGCUCACAGGGCCCCUUGGAGAGAGGGAUGGAUGGACUGCCACAAAGUAUUUCUCCAUCUUCUGUUCCGUGCUAUAGAGAAGGAAAAUCAUUUUGAAAGCUGGGAUGGUGUCUGAACCGUGACGUUCGAGCCUCUGCGCGCUGUCCCGGAGGAAAGAAAAGUGCCGUACGCUCCCCGCCACAGGCUUUAUGAGAAAGAGACGGGGUUUUUUUUGAAGUUCUUUUCCAAAUUUAUGAUCACACCUCCUUGCCUCUCCAAAAAAGAUGGCACCACAGAGCACCCCCUGCUAUCAGUUUUCAGUGCCAUUCAAACCUGUUUUCCCAUCAAGGAUGGGUGAGGAAUUCCACUUCAAUUCCCGGAGAAGGAGACUUUCAUUAGGACCGGCUUUCCCAGUGGAAGAGUUACAUUUUUGAUGCUUAAAACCUGUCAGGCCCCUCGAGGAGGGUUUUAUGGAACCCUCCCUGGGGCCUCACUGACAGUUACCGCUCCGUUCACCCACCUCGAGACGGACUGUGGCUUUCUUAAAGACUGUUAAUAAUUGUCAAUAUUUGAUAAAAAGUGCUACAUUUUUUACAUUGCGGGGAGGGGGAGAAAAAAAAUUCCAAUCUGCCGUCUCAACUUUUCCUGAAAGGUCUGGCUCCAUCCUCCCCGUUACCGGCCAACUUCUCAAUUAAGCCUUCACCUGCUCUCGGAAACUUGGUGGCACAAUAGAAUUAACUUAUCUGAACCUUAUCCCCCUCCUUAGCUGAAGUCGAUCGGCCCGUCUGUAUAUAGAUAGCUAGUUUCCGUGCGGAUGACAGAAAAAAAAAAAGGGGCAUAAACAUUUCCACGGUCUUUGUUCGGUUGGAAGAUUUUCUUGGCUUCAAACAAAAAGGAAAAGUUUGAGAGAUGGCCGGCGGUCAGGGCUGUGAGGCCGGGACGGGGGUGGUGAGGGAGGGGAGUCCCCCCUCAGCCGGCUACCUCCAUCAACAGGGAAGACAUAGGAUGAGUAGUUCAUGUCCUGGGUGCCCCCAUCCCACCCCCAGCUAGCUCAAGGAUGGGGUGCCGUGCCCCGCUCCCUCCCUCAAGGGAACCACUUUCCCCAGCUUCUGCGAUGGUAACAGACUCCAUCCCGGCAGCUAGGUUCAAGGGAUGUUACAUGCUGGAUAAAGGAACUGAUGGGCAAGUGAGUCUGGAGACCGGAAAAACUGCUUCCUUCUGGCGUAGCGGCCAGACUGAACUGCGCCCAGGGGCCUCCGCAUUAAGGAGCCUUGUGGACCCCAGAGUCUCUCCAGAUGGGAGGACCCAGUGGCCAACAUCACCGCGGCAACGAUAUCCCCAAGCACUGAAACAUCAGAGGGCGUUCUGUCCGCUUUCCAGUCAGUUCUGCUAGAAGUUGCAUUUGCCUCACGCUUUGGAGGGAGCGUUCUUCCCACCCUUGCAUCCGUCUAGUCAGAACUUGAUGUGAUGGUGGAGGAAACGGUUUUGCUCGUGUGCACGGUGGCAGGCAAGGUGGGAAUACUGUAAUACAAGCUUGCUGGAGCAAGGGAAUCUUCAAGAAAACCAGUUACAGGUGAACUGAAUCUUCUCAUUGCCCCCCGAGGCUCAAAACAGGAAUACUGAAGGCAGCUAGCAGGUCUACAGAGUCCAAGACUGAAUUAGAACAGAAACAUGUCAUGUCUUGUUUGAUCCAUGUCAGGCAAGACUUCCUUUUCAGUCAA